ACGAGUACAGUACUUUAUAACGCGAUUACAGUGAUGUAUAUACUAUAUUGCAAAAUGUUAUACUAGAGAAUGAUUAAAAAUGCAAAUAAUAGUAAAUAACGAUUGAAGCUAAAUGGUCAAAGGUACUAAAAAUGGUGAUAUAUAUAAAGUAUUGCAAAUAAAUGGAUGGAAUUAACUUGUGCCGUCUGCUAGGAUUUACCGAAGACAGGUGAUAUCAAAUCGACAUAAACUAGGACCACUUUAACAUUGAUGUGAAGGAUGACCGCCAAAAGUAUAGAACAGCUGACACUUACACUGCUGGCGUAUUGUAUUUCAUACUCUACUGGUUUCUUAUUUGCCGACUCAGAGACAAGAUUCAACGGCGAACUCAUACCAAGGGAUGCCGAGGUUUGCGUAACACAGAAUAUUACUUUUACAAGUCUGCUGCUUGAAGAACCAAAGAAGAACUUUUCAAUUGGCUUUGCAGUUAAGAAUAUAACUACAAAAGGACAAUAUGUAGCAGUUGACCAUGACAGAAUUAAAAAGGUUAAUGAGACAGUGUCCCAGUUUUCAAUGUACAACAUCACUUUCGGAACCGAAGACGUUACAGACCCGUAUUAUUUUACUGUAAGGAGCUACUAUUGGAAGACAUUUGGUGAUAUAGAUGACACCCAGCAGCUUGGACAAGGAAGCGUUGUGCUAGUUUACCCAUUACCUGAGAAGAUUCAAGAUUUUAAGUGCAUUAUGCUUAAUUACCUGUCAAUGAGGUGCACUUGGAAUUAUGGGAAAGACUACUAUGGAGAGGGAAAUAUGCCAGAUGUUAUAUUUCAGUGGAAAAUCCCUUCAUUUUCUAGAUCGUGGACAAAUUGCAGCCAUCUAAACAUAAUGGAUGGAUAUUGCUACUGGAAACGAACGACAGGAUAUUACAUCACAAACAAGAACAUAACUGUCAGAAUAACAUUGAAACAGAAAUGUGAUAUUAACGUCUCUUCAGAGUUCAAUAUAGACACAUCAAGAAUCGUGCAGCCAAAUCCACUUUCCAGCAUUUCAUCAAAAGUAGUUAACAGUACGUGUAUCCAGUUGUUAUGGAACACAGCUGAUUCAGAACCACAACAUCCGAAAGAACACAGAGUUAUAGUAUCCGCCAAAGGAGUUAACGUACAGACUAUUCGGUUCGUAACUACUAGAUAUACGGAAAGACAUCCGCACAAUUUGACCAUUUGCAACCUACAUCCAUAUACGGAGCACACAUUCAGUGUAAGCAUAAAGCCAGUUGGUCUGUACUCCGGCUUUUACAGCGAUCCAAGAGAUAUCGUAUCAAGAACCUAUUCGGACGUACCAAGUGCUAGCCCAGAAGUGACAGACGGGGGCUACUAUUCGUAUAAAAGAGAUUGCUAUGGAAAUGGUAAAAAAAGACGUGUUUGUAUAUUUUGGAAGUCAAUCAAGAAUGAACAUAAGAAUGGACCGAUGGAAGGUAUUCUAGGACAAUUUACCGCAAUUCAUAAGAAAGGACAGAAUGUUCGAGAGGAGUGGGCAGAAGAUUCUACGUACGGUUGCUCUACAUUACUGUGUAGCACAAGCUACAACUUCACUAUUAAGGCAAGGAAUGUGAAUGGUACAUCAGAAAGCAGCUCAACACUAACAAUACCAACGUUUGCUUCAGCAAUAAAAAGUCCGCAGUUCAUAGUGGAAUCGGGCAAUAGGUCUGACGUUUACAUCAGCUGGGACCACCGAGGGAAAUCUAAUGUCAAAAAGUUCAUUGUAGCCUGGUGCCGAAAUAGAAACGGAGCCUGUUGGAAGGACCACCAGGUAUUCUGGAGUAGUUUCCCUUCAGAUGCAAAAGACGCUGUUUUGCAAAUAAACUCUCCACACUAUUUCCUGUACGGUGUAAGCGUAUUAACAGACCAUAGCAGCAGUGGAGUAAAAUGGCAAGAUUGUGUGUACCUGAAAGAUGGAACCCCAGACCAGAAGCCUCAAAAUGUGUUUGUGUCAGCAGGCUUUGAGGAUAACACACUGGUUGUUUUAUGGGAUAAACUGCCAUGUAAAUCGAAUGAGCCGUACAUAAACAUGUACAAUAUUCAGUACAGAAAACGGAGUGAAAAAUAUCAGAACGGUCUGAAUGUGUCACGGUUAGGUGCAGCAAAAGUUGUGCUACGGGACUUGGAAGAGGAUCAAACUUACAUUGUGACGGUCAGAGGGAUCACAAGAGAGGGACGUUAUGGACCAGAAAGUGAACCAGAAACAGGCGUUCCAAUAAAUAAAAGUCUAAAGCCGGCGGUAAUAGCGGUUAUCUCCGUGACUGUGCUUGUUGGCGUAAUAUUUGCAGGACUAGGAUUCUUCGAUAUAUUGAGGCGAUGUGAAAAGAAAGCACAAAAAGAGGUAAAAGAAGCUAGAGUUAUAACUAGGUCUGAUGCUUUGGGUCAAAAAGAUGUAUGUUCCUUUGGACGUCAAAACAGUAACGACAGCGGAUUAGACCUGACACCAUCACCUGAUUAGGGUAUGAAGGGAAAUAAAUUAAGCAGCUCAUUGUGCAACGAUAGGCAAAGGACUAAACAGCUGAUCUAACAAAGUUACGGACACCAGCGCCAAAAACUGUGAGAGCACAUACCAAAUCGGCGAUGUUUGUUGAGGAUGAUGUGAUUGGUAGUAAACCAAUUGUUUCUACAUUUAAAAGCAAACGUUUAUAACACUAUUAAAACGAUGUGUGAAUUUUGUUCACUUUUUAUAUAUUUUAGACCAAUAAACAGGCAAAUGACAGCAAAUGAACGGUUUCUACUUAGUCUAUCUGCAAAUUGGAGAUUUUUUUUCAUACCUGCUUUAGUUUUAUAACAAUAUACCUAAUUAUUUUAACAGUGAUAUUCAUCUUAAGGUUUUAAGCAUUGUCUAGUACAUGCAAAAUGAUUUUAUCAUUCUUGUCUACACUCUUAUAAUCAAUCAGUUUCAUCUUUCAAAUAUUCACAUUUCCUAUUUUUAGUGGUUUUGCUGUUUGAUAAACAAUUGCAAAAUGAACUUUUGUAAGAUAAAAUAUAUUUCAUGCGAUAUUUGCCGCACGUUGUAGUUUCGAGUUGUUAUCACUUUCGAAUUAUCUCCCUUCAAAUAAGUUUGAAAAUCUAGUUGAUGUACAGCAAAAUCUAAGUAUUUUAAACAUUUUAUUUGAAAAAGGUCGAUUAUGGAAUGUUAAUUCUCAUUCACAUUGCUUGGACUCUUCUGCAUGUUGCAUACGAAUGUCAGAAAUGUGUAACCAAAUAAGCUUAAUUAUACAAAUAAUUUGCGGACUCCAAAUUAUGGAUAAAUAUAAUGUUCCUUUGAAAUUGAAGUUUUUCUUUAUAUAUCCUGAAAAUAUAAAUCGUUGACCUCAGAAGCUCUGACAAUUAUUAAAAGUUAUACAAUGUAUAUAUAGGAAGCAUUUCAGAAAAAAAUACAUUAUGUUUUUCUGGGCACUAUGUUUUCUAUCUACAUCUGACUUGCAUUUUAACAUCUUAUCUCCGGGCAAAUGACAUUCGAAAAUCCGGCUAUAAACUAUUUCUUUCAUGCACCGUAACAGACCGUUUAUCCUUGCACCUUUGUAUGAUUUUUGUUGCGUAACAUCAGUACAUAUAGGCCUAGUUUGAUAACCUGCUUAUGUAACUACAUGAGUUAAACUAUUGUUGCAUAGAAUUGUCUUUAGUUUAAGGGUAAGGCGUAAUAUUUUCACUAUAUUUUAACUAAUGGUAGAACGUGUUCCCUCAGGCUAUAGAGAGCAGUGCGCUCUACUAUAGAAGUAGCUAAAAUAAGUUCGAUAACAAGCAUGUGCAGAAACAAUUUCCGUUUCUUACUAUUUAUAAAUAGUAGGUUGUCCAAAUAGGCCAUGGUAAAAUUUAGCGACUCGAAACUUUCAAUCUUUAUAAAUGUACAACAUAUAUAUAUUCUUAACCUUACUCAAAAUCGACCUAUGCAUCUGACAACAAGCAUUAAAUGUAGAAAACAUUACGUAUACUUAAUAUAUUGUAAAUAUGGUCAUACUGACUGUAAAUAUCAGUUUAAAUUAUGUCCAGUCAUUUAUAAGCAUGGAAGUAUUCGUAAACUAGUCAAAAGUCGUAAAAUUAAACUAACUUUGUAUAUGUAGGAUGAUGUCAGUUUAUAUCAUAGAUGUGCCUUUAUAUAUAUAUGUAUUUUGUUUUUUCUCUUACAUUUAGAUGUUGUAAACUCAUAUAAUUAUAAAUUGUCUUAUGUUUGAAUAAACUAUCUAUCUUA